AAAAGGAAGAAGAAGAAGAAAAGGCCGCAAAGCGGAGGCGGUGUAACAAGAAAGGCUCAAAAAGGCAAAAAGAUUAAACAAAUUGCAUAAUAACAAGAUCUUGAUUUGAACCAUUCAUUCUCAGUUUGCUGCUUACUAGGCUACUGCAAUCCAAAGUGACAUUGGUAUUCCCAUGGAUUUGUUUACUAUGAAUAGUGAGCAGAAUAACACUCCAAACACAUCAACUUCAGUAAUUCUUCCAGCAAAGAGGAGGCGUGGCCGUCCCCGGAAGGAUGGAGUUGGUGUUAACAGGGGAGAAGGAAACCUGCUUCAGUCCCCUACGAUUUCUGAAUCAAAUGGAAUGAGACCAAUCAUUCAUCAAAAUGAAGCGAAAUCGAUUGACAGAGGGGGCAUGGUUGGAAGGAUUGUCACUGGUGUUAUUGAUGGUUGCUUUGAUGCUGGUUAUUUCGUAUCCGUCAGGAUAGGCAACAAUGGUCCUCCACUUCGCGGCGUUAUCUUUGAAUCUGGAAGAGUUACGCCUGUUUCAUCCGAUAAUGAUGUUGCCCCGAAUGCCAAGUUGUACCAAAGAAAUGAAUUGCCAAUCCCUUCAUCCAAUCCACAAUGUCAGGUUAAUGGGAUUAGUCCACAGUCGGAGGUGGAGAUGCACAAUGUGUGCAGCCAAGUGUUUCCUUCUAUUAAUGGUCUUGCAGCGAAUAAUGCAGCUGCGAAUAACUCGAGGUCAUCUUUGGUUGAGCAAACUGCGAUGCAGCAAAAUCCAAGUUUCGGUUAUUUGAGCAGGCAGACUGUACUGCCUGCACAGAACCUUAGGAUGGUUGAACAGGAUGAGAUGAUGCAAGUUUAUGAAGUUUCAGUUCAAUCAGAAGGACUAAUGGAAGAUGCUGUAUCAGCGAAAGAUUGGAUGUCAGAAUCAUCAGCUAGAUUAAACCAGAAUCUAGUAUCCGUGGAACCAAAAUCUGGGAUCCAAGAAACUACCACAUCAAGUUCUGAAGCCAAACAGAACCAGCUAGCUUACAACAAUUUGAAAGGUUCUUUCCAAGGUAGUCUUCAUGAGUCCUGUUUGAUUGUUGAAAAUCAUCCCUUGCCUCAUCAAGAAUCUUUAGCAAUUGAUAAAAGGCUCCAAAUUGAACCCGAAGCGCAACUUUUCCAGCUUCAUGAUACUCCAAUAGUUGAUCAAACUCCCUGUAUCCCAUCAGCAAUUCAGCAAAAUGACAGAUUUCAUACAUUUGAGAAGCUACCGAGUAAGUUGGCUGACUGUGAUCUAGAGAGGCAGAAUUUUGGUAUCCUCAGAGAUCUUAUGGCUGGAAACAACCAUCAUUUUCUCCCUCCUGAAGUUAUAUCUGAUCAGCCUGCGAAACUCAUGAUGGAAAAGCCGAAUCCUCCACAAGUCAACAGCGAAAAAGCGACAUUCCUGGAACCCUGUGCCGCGAUUCAGGAGAACAACAACAAAAGCAGAGAUAUUACGGAGCAGCAAGGAAAUGAUGUCGUUAAUAAUAAUGAUGAGCUAAGGCUAGGUUCACAAAGUGCGCAAAGGACUAAGGAAGCAAUGCCGUUUGAUUUGGAGCUCGCUGCUGAAGAAUCUUCUUGUCCCACAAACAAUGCAAGUCCUUUCUCUGAAUCUGAUCCCAGAUAAACAAAUUUCUUUGCGAACAAAAUAAGCGAGUCAGGGGAGGUGAUGAUUGUCCUCUCAAGCUCAUUUUUCUUCUUCUUUGUAGUCAGUCUUGAAUCUUUACUAGUAAGUUAAUUAAUUUCUGCCAUUAAUCUCUUACAUUUUGCUUGUUCCAUUUACUUCUGAUAUUGAUUCUGUAGCUUAACGAGGGACAAUUUGUUCUCGUUUGAAAUCAAUUAGUCUUUGAAAUUUUGACAUUUCGUUUGGGUUGUUAGCAACAAAUGUCCCACAUUACUUGUUGGCAGUACGUAGUUACUUCAUC